AUGCCCUCCCAACGACCCUUCUUCCUUUCCACUUUCUUCGCCUCUUUCCGACAACAGUCCCCCUCUGCCGCGACACUUUCGUCACAACAGCCCAACAAGCAUUCCACUCAAGCGUCCUCGUCCUCGUCCUAUACAACUCAGUCCGCCGCAUCAGCGCCCCGGGCCAUCUCGUCAAAUGCACCGUCAAGUAGCGCCGGCAACGGCGGCAGUGCGAACUCAGCGACGCGCUCGUCCGCGGGGGUCGUGAACCAAUACCCACUACAUUCUCCGCGUGGAGGCGUUCCCAUUCCCGGCGGCCCGAAUCGACGGCGCGGGAGCGACAGCAGCAGCGAAGGGUUCCGCGACGUGCUGGGUGCCGACAAAUGGUACAUCGGUGGACGGACCGCCGCUGGCGAGGAGAAAUUCUUCAAGCUCGGCACCAUCCGGAGGAAAACCGUCAUGCCCUUCGCGGGAACGUAA